CGGGCCUAAUACGUGAUAACAUCAAAUUGUUUUCGUGAUUUAUUUUUCAAAUACCAGUAGCGUUGUAACUUGUAAUACUUAAUACGAUUAAGUUUGUAGCAGUGAUAACAACAGACGUUUGAUCACUUUUUACGCACAGUGCAACAAGAAAUACGUGUUUAAUGAUAUAUCUUACAAAAACUCUUUGACAUUGUGCGACAAUUGUGUAAAAAUUAUAUGUUCAAAAUGGUAAAAAUUUCAUCGUUUUUAUUUCUUAUCUUCGUUACAUUUUCAAAAAGUUACGAUCUAAAACAAGUUCUUAUAUUAAGUCGACAUAAUAUAAGAGCGCCACUCUCAUCAAAUUUACAAUAUCUCUCGAGUAACACGUGGCCGAUAUGGAACGUGGAUUCCGCAUUUUUAACUGCUAAAGGUGCAUUGCUUGAAGGUUACAUGGGAAGUUUUAUAUCGAAUUGGUUAGUGAAGAAAGGUUUGCUUCCAGCAGGAUGUCCUGAACAAAACACUGUGCAUGUUUACGCUAACACGAGGCAGAGAACAAAGGCAACUGCAAAAGCAUUUGUAGACAGUGCAUUUAAAAACUGUAACAUAACUGUAUACAGCAAGAUUUCCAAUAAAAUGGAUCCAAUUUUCAAUCCCAUAAUACGAAAUGAUUCUAAGCAAUUAAAGUCUGCAAUAAUAAAUGAAAUGGAACAAAAAUUAUGUAGUCUAAAUUUGAAUGAGCCAUACUCGAGGUUGAAUGAUAUUGUGGAUAUAAAGCAUGCCAUGAUAUGCAAAGUUGAUAAAAUUUGCGAUUUUGAGAGAGCCAAAGAUGACGUUUUUUACGAAAUAGGGAAAGAGCCCAACGUGAAUGGACCUUUAGGAUUCACGAAUUCUAUAGUGGACGCAUUUAUUAUGAGCUACUACGAAGGUAUGAAUAUUACAGAUGUUGCUUGGGGCAACAUGAGAACUUCAGAAGAGUGGAAAUUAUUCUCAGCUAUAACAAGAGGAAACCAGGAAGUCAGAUUUAACAGUACUGUAUUAGCUAAAGAAGUAGCGAAACCAUUAUUAAAAUACAUUUAUAAUAUUUUAAAUAAAAAAUCGCCCAACUUUACAUUGCUUGUUGGACAUGAUUCAAACUUGAAUUCAGUUAUGGCGGCAAUAGGUUUUAAGCCGUAUGUGUUGCCAGACCAAUAUGAACUCACGCCCAUCGGUGGGAAACUUGUUUUUCAAAGAUGGCAUGAUACAAGCACCAAUGAAGAUUUACUAAAAAUUGAAUAUGUUUACCAAACUAUGGAGCAGCUAAGAAAUGGAGAUGUUUUAUCAGAACAUAAUCCUCCAAGAGUAAUAACAAUGGAAAUUGAUAACUGUGAAAGUGAUAUUGGUGGGUUUUGUUCAUGGAAUAGCUUUAUAUCUAUUUUGAAAUCUAGUUUUAGUUAGAUUCACAAUUCUAAGGUAUAAAAUAAAAAUUGCUAUAUUUUGUAAAACCUCGAUUUAAAAAAAAAUUAUUAGAUAAUAACCUAGCUUCAAUUUCAGCUAAACCUUCGAUUAUUAUCUGUUGAUUAUUAUAAUUGUUGUUUUACUCGGGGCUAGCUAAUGUCUAUACGGACUAUACCUAUAGUCGCCAGACUUCCUAAUAUUCAUUGAUCAUUCUCUUAUUAUUUCAAUACAGUUUUCAUUGUAUGUUGUAAGCAGAAGUGAUCAGUGUACGGGUACUGUAGACAGUGUAGCAGUAGUACGGGUUCAUUGUCUUCGCAAUUUGUACAAGUUAAAAUUAGCCUGAUCAUAUUAAAUAUCGAUUAUAUUUUGG